UGCUUUUUUUUAUGUAACGCUGUGUGAGAAAGUGUGUCCACUGCACUGUCCCCCGCCGCGGCAGCCACGGAGAUGUUUAAACUCGUCAACGGGAGAAAAUAUUGGUAACAUUUUCUCUUUUUGUCGCGUUAAACAUGGCGCUUCAGCCGCAAGCGGCGGAGGACGCGCCGGAUGAGAGGAGCUCCUUCUUCCUCGGCGCAGACUGGGACAACGUCUCCGAGGAGGAGGAGGAGGACCACCAUCAACUUAUACUACAGAAGGCUAACGCGCUAGCGGCUGAAAACUGCCUCCGAGAAGCUAUUGACUUGUUUUCAGUGGCCAUGCGCUAUGGUCCGGUGAGACCCGAGCAACUAAGCACUUUCGUGGACUGCGUCCUCCGCAACUUGAAGAGGAAAUCGACCGGGCCGGACGCAUUUACGGGCCAGGGUCGGGACAGCUCCGGGGACGACGUGUUUGACUGCCCCAACUGUCACAGCUUUUUGGGGGAACCUGUGACCAUAGCCUGUGGACACUCGUACUGCAAAAGGUGUUUGCAUCGACGGCUCUUGUCCAAAUGCAGGCUGUGCAGCGAGCCCGUCCGGGGCGAGGAGAAGGCUAACGUGAUUCUCUGCGGACUUUUAGAGAAAUGGUUCUCGGACGAGCUCAAGAACUCCAAAACAUUAGGCGAAGUGGACGCGCUGUGCAGGAGGAAGCUGUACCAAGAAGCCGUGUCGCUAGCAAACCAAGUUAUUCAGUCAGAUCCAGAUAGGACUGCGGUGGUGCGACUGUCGCGAUCGGAGGCGUACAUGGCUCUGAAACAAUACCGUUUGGCUUUGGAGGACACAGACGUCUGUCCCAGGUCGAGCUGUUCUGCUGAAGCUCUGUUUAGGAAAGCCAUGGUGUUACAUGAGAUGGGCCAAGUGGACGAGUCUCUCCAAGUCUUCCUCCACUGCCUGGCUGUGGACGAGGACUUCCCCUGUGCUAAAAGACAAGUGGAAAAGAUCUUGUGCGACCUGCUGUCCCCGGCUGAUGAGAAUGUCAAGGUCGGCCUGAGAGAAACGACGCAGAACACGUUGCCUCACUUACGCAGUAAAACCCUAGUGGCAGACGCCCAAGCUCAAACACAGAGCCCCGUCCAAAGACAACACCAACACCAAGUCCGUGCUGCCUCCGCUCACCAUCUGGACAACCAAGAGAAACGCUGGGAAAGUCUGGAGCGGCACGGGCUGAGCCGAGCUCAGUCACUACGAGUGCACGGGUCCUGCAGCAGCGAGGAGGGGCUGAAGAGAGUCUACUCUGCUCCUCAGCUGGGGGACCAGGAGAAAGGGAGUCUGCUGAAGAGGAAGCUGUCAGUGUCAGAUAUAGAACCAUGUGUUGUGGACAGUGGAAGUAGCAAGCACAAAAAACAAGGUGUGGCGAAAGGCUCCAAACAACAGACAGCCAAAGCUAAAACCUGCAGAAGUGUUCCCGUGGAUCUGCUGGACGCCAAUGACUUGGAGUGUUCUCUGUGCAUGAGAUUGUUUUACGAGCCUGUGACUACACCAUGUGGACACACCUUCUGCAAAAACUGUCUGGAACGCUGCUUAGAUCACACGCCCCAGUGUCCCCUGUGUAAAGAGAGUCUGAAAGAGUAUCUAGCAUGUAGGAAGUAUAUGGUUACAACCGUGCUGGACACGCUCAUCAAACAGUAUUUGAGUCAGGAGUAUGCAGAGAGGACUAAAACUCAUCUGGAGGAGACCAAGGAGCUUUCUGACUUGACGAAGAAUGUGCCUAUCUUUGUGUGUACCAUGGCUUACCCCACUGUGCCUUGCCCCCUGCACGUCUUUGAGCCCCGUUACCGCCUCAUGAUUCGCCGCUGCAUGGACACGGGCACGCGGCAAUUUGGGAUGUGUAUCAAUGAUCCCCAGAAAGGGUUUGCAGACUAUGGCUGCAUGCUCAUCAUCAGGAGUGUCCAUUUCCUCCCUGACGGACGUUCAGUAGUGGACACGAUCGGAGGAAAGCGCUUCCGGGUCCUGUCCCGAGGAAUGAAGGACGGCUACAGUACUGCUGACAUCGAACACUUGGAGGAUAGUAGGGUGGAGAACAGUGAUGAACUGGAGAGCCUCCAAGAACUACACGAUGCAGUGUAUGAGCAGGCCCGGGUCUGGUUCCAAAAUCUCAAGAUCCGCUUCCACAACCAGAUCCUGCAGCAUUUUGGACCAAUGCCAGAACGAGAAGCUGAUAUCCAGGCGACUCCAAACGGUCCGGCCUGCUGCUGGUGGCUGCUGGCCGUCCUGCCUAUCGACCCUCGCUACCAGCUCUCGGUCCUCUCCAUGACCAGCCUCAAAGAACGCCUGGUGAAGAUACAGCACAUCCUCACAUAUCUCCAGAGCAUCCCCAACAACUAGAGCUUCCCCACAGCAAAACGGCCUUUGGACUUUUUGAAGUGACGUUUCAGAAAACCGACAUCAGCAUCUCACCAGCGUUUGUUCCCACAGCCAACUGUCUGAUCACGUUUCUGUCCACGAUCUCCAUGAGACUCCACAUUGUAUGAAACACACACCACGUCCGUGCAAAGUCGCGGCAUCCUUCAACUGUGGAUCAUUAAAACUAGAAAUACGGUGUGGCCAAACCACCUCAGGGUUGUUUGUAAUCACAGAAAUGACUUAAAUAAAGCAGACAAACGUGACAUAAGUCGUUGAAAAAUUGGAAAGAGCAGUUUCUGUUGCACUUGGUGAAUAUUUUGUUGAAGGUAGUCUAUCUUACAAUCACUUUUGAGUGUCCCUUGUUGUGAUUAGUACAUCAGAAACCGAGGUGAAAAGCUUCUGGUGUGUUAGGUUAUGUUUCUUUUUUUCUUUUCUUUUGUUUCUUUGAUGAAACCAGUGAAAAGAGGUUUGAUCUCUAGAAGACAUUUUAUAUAUGUAGACGUCGAUGAGUCUUUGAAACAAAAUCCUAAAUGCUGAUAAUCCAAAAAGUGAUGGGGGAAUAAUACUAUACUGUUUAAACAGCACUUUAAAAAGAUGCUUGCUGAUGACAUCUAGUCUGGUUUGGAGGAUCUAUUGAAAAGAGAUAAAACAUUGUUUGUGCAGAACGUAAAUGCUCCUGCACAGCAUGUGUACCAAACACUGAUAAAAGUAUUAACUCCUUUCUGAACUUUCUUAAAAUCGUGUUUUCUGCUCACUGUUCCCACUUGCUUACCCGGCACACUGCACAGCUUCCAUCGCUGCCUCUACAAAGCGGCAAACAAUUUUCUUCCCAUCUUUUGAGUUUCUUCCAGGUUCAUCUGCAAAUACUUUUCAUUUGUCCCUGUUAAUAUGAGUAUGGAGGAUUUCAGCUUUUUUUUUUUUUUUUUUUUUUUUUGAACACUUCUUCCUGUGACAACCUCAGGGUUGGCCUUGUCUUCUCUUCCGUGUUUGGCUCAACCUUAAAUAAUAAGCCCUAUCUUCCAAAUGUCUUGUCUGUCAUGGACCCACUGAGAUUCUGCUGCCGAUUCCGUGUGAGGAUUGUGCAGUGAAAGUGUUACAAUUGAUCUAUGACACCAAAACAGCUGCUUCCCAUCCAUCUAACUUAAACUGAAUUAAUAUAUAAGUAUAAAUGUAUUUGUACAUCCUGACAGGUGAAAUUGCAACAAAUCAAAAGUAGGAAAAACAGCAUGUAUAUGGCAAAUGGGGAGCACUCUUCAUUAAAAGCUGCUCUUAAUCUGCUGGGAGGAGAGAGGACUGCCUUUGCCUUACACCAUCUUUGCAUUGUGAUCUAAAUAACACAAUGUGUUGGCUUGGUUACCAUUCCUUUUUUUUUUGCCAUAGCAUGAAGUACGUUUUAAAAAUAAAAAAAUCCUGAGAUAGUUUGAGCUACCAUGUCUUCAUAAUGCCUACAAGGAACAUGAGAAAAGUAAAAGUCAAGGAUGUUGUAUGUAAACCAUUUGUACAAAGGCUUUUUGAACAGAACUUGCUUUUUGCUCAGAUGUUUUAAGUUAUCAAUUUUCAAUAAUAAAUGCAAUUCUUUUUUCAA